AUGUCUCACCAUCAAGACCAUCAUCAUGAUGAUGAUGAAAUUGUUGAAUUACAUGAAGAAGAAAUUACGGAACAAUCAAAAGAUAUAAAAACAACGAACACAGCUGAAGUAAAUCAUGAUGAAACUGAUGAAGAAUUACAAACACAUCCACAAACACAACAACUGAACAACGAUGAAGAAAAACCCAAAAUUACCGAGAUUGAUAUUUCUCAACAUGAACACGAUCCAAGGUUUUCCAUGGAUCAAUCAGAUAUUUCUGCUCUGAGUAGAACGAAUGGUGGUGAUCCGAGAAGGAUUGAAUUUAAAGCACCUUUGGCCGGAGCUAUUUUGAAUUUAAUAUAUUCAACCGUUUUCGUUAUAUUAUCAAUGAUGGAAAUUAAGUGGAAAUUGGAUUUUAUUGAAAAGUAUGAUGAUCAUGAUGAUGAUAAAAUGGAUGAUGAUCAAGUACAAGGCUUAACAUUGAUUGGUGUGUUUUGUUUAGUGGUCGGAGCUUUGAUUAGCUUGAUAGGUUCGUUGGUUGGAGUUGCAACUUGUUGUUGGCUUUGGAAGAAGGAACAAGUGAUGAAAUGGACGAAUAGAACACAAAGAGCAUUUGUGAAUAUUGCCUUGAUAGGAGCUGCAGUGUGGUUGGCCUCAACGAUUUUUUCAAUCAUUCCAUUCGGAGCACUCUAUCUCAUCAUGAAUUGUACAGUUUCUAUUGCUGACACGAAUACAGUGAAUGUGUUGCCAAUUUUGGGAAUUUUGUUGGGUGGAGUGUUUGUGGCAUUUGCAAUUCUAUUGACGAGAAGAAUAUGGGUGAAUAAGACCCAUUUUGGUGAUUAUGGCUUGACUUUUCAUUAA